AUGAGGCGAAAGAGAGAACCAACUCUAGCUCAAGUGAUUGGGGCAAGGUCUCGAAACUCUGGAUUCCGGGCUGGUUAUACCAGUAGUCCAGGGGCACGAGUGUCGGUAUCAGUCAACAGCAAUACUCAUACCAGCAGCAGCAACAACAACAAUAACAACAACAAUAACAACGCCAGCAGCUUGGGUCAACCGCCGCUCACAUUAUCCGAUGCCUACCAAGGCAAUCUCCUUCUCUAUAACUUCUUUGCGAAAUAUUCGCAAAAAGUUUUUUUGGAGAGGAAUAUUACUAGGAUACUGUGUGAUCAAGCAAGGCUUCUGAAAGCUGAGAACGAGGGAAGGAAAGGGAGUAGGAAGUAUUGGAAUCGGGAUGGCAGGCCGAGGAAAAUGUGUGAGAUUGUUCGAAGGUUGGGGGUCGUACCGGAGAUUGAUGAUGAGGUGAAAUUCGGGUUGAAAGUUGAGGUUAUGAGGGAGCUCCUGAGAACUGGUUGUCAACCAAAGGAAUGCGAGAUAAAAUUGUUCGCGAUUCAAUCCUCGAGCUCUAGUUCCCGAUAUGCUUGCUCAAAGCCAAGAGGGCAAGAGGAACAGACGAAAGUUGAGCUAUUGACGGAAACAGCGGAGAUUUUACCCAGGCCCGGUUCGGGUGCUGAUCAACAGACGCUUCAUUUAAAGCGGCAUUUCGUGAUUCCACUAUCGACAUUUGCAAUUAAAGAUGACGGCAACCAAAAAUUUGCCUCUUCAGGAUACGAAAUAGUUUGUCGGAUUUGGUUAGGGCAAGCUGGUGAAGGGGCAGAUUUGGCUGAAAACACAAGCGGAGAAAGAAGUUACGAAACACGGUUACGACUUGAUGAAAACUUAGUCUGCAAUGACGGACAGAGCGAGACAACCGUGGCAGCAGUAAAAACUGGCGAAGUUGAGCUAGAUACAGAUACAGACCUAGACUUAGAGACCUUGCAGCUCAAGCUCAGUUUUGGCUGGAACAAAAGUAUCAACUACCAAAUCCUCGGAAAUGGCAAGAAAAAACAACGGCAACAACAACAUAAUACAUCGAAUGUGGUGUUAAUGCCUAAGCGUCGGAAACAGAUCCGCAUCGAUUAUACUUUUCGUGGUCAUAUCAAAAAUUUUGAUGAGCAAGAUGCUCACAAACACUCCACCGUGAAUUUGAAUGACAAGUUGUACGUAUUCAGUUAUCAUGGAAGUACAUACACCUGUGUCAUUUGCCAGAACACAACGUUUCAGAGUCUCGAUCGGUUACGAUUUCAUCUAUUACAUACACACACGUACUUUGCUUGUUCAUCAGAAUGGCAUAAAGAUUUAGUCAAGAUUAUGGUGGAGCCGGCGGUCCAGGAGGGUAAACGGUUUUCUCAACCUCCUGGGAAUAAUGAUAGAAAGUUUACGUGGAUUCGACCGAAAGGGCUUGGAGAUAGAGCGUUCAACCUGGGGGAGUAUUUGAAGGGAGAUACGUCGUGGGCCAGAGGGGUGGUGGUCCCAGAAGCAGAACGGAAGCUUAUGAAUGCGCCUGGUAGGAUGUUGAGGAAAAUGCAUAUUGUACCGGAUUUGAAUUUUAAAGUAGAGAAAAGGAAGUGUAUUGCUCCGGUUAGGGGGGAUGGGAAAGGGUAUGUAAGAUUUGUGACGAGAGAGACUGUUACGGCGGGGGAUGAUGUCAGUGAAAGUGACGAUGAUAUUGAUGAGAACUGGGUGACUACAAAAAUAAAUGAGAGGAUUGAGAAGUCAAGUUUCUCGUCUGCUGGUCAGGAAUUUUUGAAGCUAUGGGGAGGUCAUGUUAUGGUUGAAGGUCCGCGAAGUAGUCACCAUUUGCACGACUGUCUGAUACGGUUUUGUCGGCUGAACAAGAAGGCUUUGAAGCCGACGCCCCUUCGCCAAGAAUUCGAUAAGUUCGUCACGGCGUUAAGGUUGAGGGGACAGGUGGAUAGGAUGCUUGUGAAAGAGUGUAAGAAGGUAUUAGAUUCUACGUGA